AGGCACUUUUUGUUUUAGAACGAACCCUUUAUUUGUCUUUGACAUGACUACUAUCCAAAAUUAUUCAUAUGAGUAGCGUUUGUUGGUGUAGCAUAAUUAUGAUAAUUCACGCAAGGAGCAUGUCAACCCCUCGCAUGUACAAGAUCCACUAAAUUUAAAGUUCUUACGUUCGUCAUGUUUGAAAUUCAAAGGAAUAGGGUGUAAUAUAAAAGCAUUGAGUUUUUCUGUGUGUCGCAGCACGACUUUUAAACCUGUAUGUUGUGCUUAUGAACAUCGUAAUUACCCUUGACCACCACGCGAAUUCGCACCCAAUGAAUGAUAGAUUUUCCUUCUCGUCUUCAGUCUAGGAUCAUUCAAUCCCUUCGUCCCUACAUCAAAUAAUUCAUGAGUGAUUUUUUUGGAAUAUUUUUUCAAUUGCGUUUGAGAUAAUUCACCGCAAUAUGGGAGCUUCUGAGGAACUUACGAUGAAGUCUUUCCUGGACAAUCUAGAAGUAGACUAGUACUAAAAGCAGGUGCAGGAGCAAGAAGGGAUGGAGAGAAGCCCUCAAUCAUCAUCGGCUUCACCAGCCGCACACUCCUCCUCUUCGGGUUCUAUAAUGGGCAGGAAAAACAGUGAGUGCCGUAGUAGACCAGAGGGUGCAGAGUACACUCCUCAUGAUGAUCCAUCAAGAGAGCAACUCUACGGAGAUGAACAAGAAGAUGGAGCAUCCACAUUUUCCAACACGGGAUCUUCCUUCACGUCUAGUAUGAUCGACGAUGAACGGCAGCAACCUUGGCACAAAGAUGUAGGUCCGUUUUUACGAGGAGUUCUCAAUUUCUACGAUGCCAUAGCGUAUCGAUGCGUCCUCAGUGCUCUAGUGUCAGACGUCGACCUUGACCCUGAUUGGAGUCGCGAUCAUCCAAAAUUGCACGACGAAAUCGAACAAGAUGAAGGUGCUUUGUCCACUGCUGCUCAGGAGGAGGCUGGUCGUGGGGCGGCUACUGGUGUGUCUAUGGAAGAUGGAGGUGUAGUUCCUGAGGAUGGUGUACACGAAGAGGAAAGUCCUCUGGUGAGUCGUGGAGAACAAUUAUGGUUAGCUUUUAUCCAUCUUUCUCCGCAUGAUCUUGGUACCCUUUUUUCCUUGUAUUCUCAUAAAAUACAGGGCACAACAAGGGGUCAAGAUGAGGGGGCGGAGAUGGAGCCAAGCUGAGUCUAAAACAAGGACGUCAUGACGAUGCUGGUGUGGGUGAGGCUUCCAGCCCUGCCCCAGACGGAAGAAAACGCACCAGAGAGGACCACUGGAGGACAGACGAAACAAGUCCCAGCGGCUUGUCUACAAGGGAGCAGCCCUCGCCUCGAUCUCAACAUCUUUGGUGGAACAACCACAAUGGGGACGAAGAAGAACCACGUCUUGGCGAAGAAACGCCACGAGGACGACAGCGAAGCGCAUCAGCUGAUGCGAGAUUCUUGUGGAACUCCUCCUGUCCCUCCCAUGGCAGCACUCCGAGUUUUCGUCCUCGAGGCCUUGUAUCUCCCCCGUCACCGGAUGGAACAUCAACAUCAAAAGGAAGUACUGUUAGUAGAAGUCGCGCUGCCUCGCUUCCUCCUACAUUCGGACAGGUAAUGGGUGAACGAAUUCGGCGCUCACGACGUCCCUCUCUUUACAACCAACAGGAAGAUAGGGAAGAGCUACGACAUCUUCUAGUACAACAAGUUGAAGUCUCAUCAAAGAAGGAAAGUCUGUACGGGCAAUUCGCUGCGAUCUCUUCAUGGAGAGAAGAGGAACACGAAGAAGAAGAGGAUCACAACGAAGAAGAUAAGCCACCUGAAGAGUUGACGCUGAAGAUGAAUCAAACCACAACACCGGAACAAGAUUCGACAUCCCAAGCUACUGCCAGUCCCCAGAAUGUGACGCCCUACAGCAUGGAUGAGCUUUUUCCUUCCCCUUUUGCGAAGAAAAACAUGAGGAGAGAAGUGAAAAACGUGAACAGAUCAGCGCCCUCGCAUGCGAAUAGAAGGAAGAAAACAGCAACUUCUUCUGGUGGAAAAAAAGAGCGACAUGGUGGAGGCGGACGAUUUUUUCCGGAGGAUGCACUUCUAGAGGAGCAAGUUUAUCCAGGUCGUGGUGAGACUGCCGCAGCAGUGGGCUCAAAGAAGAAUCAUGAGAAGGUGGAAGUGAUGAACUAUGUCCCUAAGAAUGAAGAAGAUCGCACAAUCAGCAAGAGUUGUAGACAAGGAGGAAAACCCACGAAAAAUACUAGCAAAGGAAAUGACAAUGAAGCCACUUCCCACGCAGCAGAGAAAGAACAAUCUGGAUCUUCUCUAGUCGCUGCUACGGAAACAACCUGCGCCGCAACUUGUACAACAGUUCUUUCGUCCUAUCUCCCAACACAAGUGACCUCCCCUUUUUCAGCUGUUGUGAAUGUCUUUUCGUCAAUGGCGCGAGCUGUGGUCGGAACCAUCGCCGCGCCCAUCGUCUAUGGAUAUCAAGCAGUGAUGAGACGAAGCUGCGACUUCUUUUUACCCCUGAGACAUCGGCCCCUGCAGGAUCGAUUGCCGGUCUUCGUAUGCUCAAGCCUGCUGGCGAUUAUACAGACCGCCGCACAGGCAGGGCUGUUUGGACCGAUUACGAUUGCCUUUCACACCGUGUACGCACUCACCUGCGUCAGCUAUUAUCAAGGUACUACUUUAUUUAUUGAUAAAUUAUGUACAGGUGUAGUUGUCAAAAUUAAUAUAUGACAAAUGGUGCAAAAGCAAAUCCUAGUAUUAGACAUAAAUACUUGUUGAUGUUGUACCGGUCCAUACUCAAUUACCUAAGUAACCUCAUCGCUAUUAAUCUCAAAAUAACAGCCGUAACGACCGCCCCUGGCUUCAUCCCCCACUCCUGGCGUGUUUCGCCGGGCGUAACAUUCGAACGUAAACGCAAGACCGGAAUGUACCGAUUGUGCUAUUCUGAGGGCGUUUACAAACCCGAUCGUUCGCAUUUCUGUAGGACACAACAACGCAACGUCCUCCGCAUGGAUCACUACUGCGGCUUCAUGAAUAACACGAUUGGGUACGACAACCAUAAAAACUUUCUUCUGUUUCUGCUAUACGGAAGUGGUAUCAGCACAUGGGCAGCAUUUGCAGCGACGACUGGAGGAGGCGCAAGCGUUCCGGUUGCGUCUGGUGGUGCAGCAACAGCAAUGGCUGUUGGAGCUGGCGCAAUAUCUCCUGUCGUUAUGAGUGUAGGAAGUGCAUCUCCACAGUCAUCUGGGGAAAGAAAAUAAGAAGGAAAACGGACCCAGAUGAUCUGUGAGAUGCAUUUUUCCCGGUAGUACCUCUAAUGUCGGUCUUGCCUUAGUCCACACAACCGUUGGUAUCGCGGGUCUCGUCAGUGUGGCCACCCUUCCCUUUGCUGGCUUCACCAUGUACUUGGGAGCGACGAACCGCACCACCAUCGAAUUCGUGGAGGGUGCCGCGAUGCUGACGCAGAGCGUCGCAGUGCGCUUAGUGCCGAGAGAGCGCGCAAGAGACCCGGAUUAUCAUCAUGCUAUGGUCAAAAAUGGUGUCCAAGUGGUGGUGGAAAAAGAGAAGGGCUUCUUUGGCAUGAUGAAUUCAGAUGGCGCAGGUGUGGACAUGAUGUCCUAUCAUAUGCUAUCGAAUUACACGAAUAAAAUGGAUACUAGAUUAAGGCUCAACUUUCAAUGGUCAUUGGGGUUGGUCACUGAGAUCGAAGAGGCGACCUUCCCUUGAGGAAAGACGGGGGGAAAACGAAGGGAAAGAAGGGGGUCUCUUCCGUUCAGCAUCAGUGACCAUUGAGUGCUGAGCUUUAACUAGAACCAUUACCAAACGAGAACAAGUAGAAGAACAUCAAAACGAUCAAGAAGAAGAAAAACUGAUACAGACAACGAAUAGUUCGAACACCUCAACAGCGAGUUGUUCUAGAUUCAUGUGUAACCCAGCUGGGGCUGCAUCGUCUCUGAUGAAGAACAUAACAGGAGGAGCCAGUGGUUGCACGAUGUCCGGCGGUUCAACUUCAAGAGGUGCUCUUAAUACACAAAAAAACCCGGAGAGGAGAACAAGACACGGCAGUGAGGAUGACUUUGAUUCUUAUGAAGUGGAGAGCCCAUUGGGAGACAUCAUAGCUGAGGAUGACAUCAUAGCCCAGCACACAUCAGACUACAGAUUUCAGCUCCCGCCGGGAGCAAUCAGACUUCGUCAAGGUCAAGAACAUGUUGUGGCAACUAGUCCUGAACAAGAUCAACAUGAUGAAGAAGAUUACUACGCGCAUCAGGAUGAGGUGGAUGAUGAAAGCCUUGGUGUUGAACAAGAAGGUGGAUCAUGGUUAGUAAGACAAAAUGUAGGACACGAAAUGGAGACGACCAAGCCAAGAGCUCCUCUUUCCUCAACACUACUAGAAGGCACACCUGGCGCAGCACAAAGACAGCAUAGUCGCGGAACUGAGAAGUCGACAACCGCUCGCGCAACAAAGACACACGACUCCUGCUCUAGCAACGAAGGUCACGCCCGUCUCGCAGCACUAGAUGAAGAUCAUUUUCAUCAAGAACGAGAACUCGAUUUUUUGGGAAGUAGAAUGAGAAACCAUGACGACCAGCAACAAGAGGAUGAAGAUCAUGUGAAACGCGAAGCUCCUUUUGCUUCAACUUCUUCACUAUUCCCUUGGAGAAGCUGCCAUUACAUGCUAGCAUACGCUGUUGCUGCGGCUUUCCAUGCUAGGAGCAGCAUUGAGAGUGCGGGAGCAGCAACCGCAAAUAUGCUACAAAACUGUUUUUGGGGGCGAACCCUGCAAGAAGGUUCCUCCAAGAAUAACGAGGCCACCAAGCGCAAGAAGCCUGAAAAUGCUUCGAGAAGUACCUCUUCAGAACUGGUAGAAUUUUUGCGUCUCCCACAAUCAGAACUUAUCGAAGCCGUAGUCCUCUGCGAACCGAAGGCUGGGUCUCCGAAUUACGCCACUUAUCACAUGCACCUACACGGUGGUGGCAUGGCAAACAACAUUCAUCAACAAGUAGGAACACUCAACAUGGGAAUUGGUAAUAUGGGUGCGACCGCAAUGACUGGGACUGCUCCACCUCCGUUAGCAACCCGUUCAAGCGCGAAUAUUUAUAGCAUUAGUACGUUUGAGAAUUUGCGUGUGGUAUUUGGAGAUGCCGUAUGGGAAUGGCCUUUGCCCACAUCAGCAAAACGGUUUGGCAUGCGACACAGUGACGCGGAGAGUGGCACAUACUUUCCUUUGAAUCCGGACUUGUUUCGCCGUGAAUAUCACAGACAUCAACUCGACAUCGACUCUGGUGUAGUUGGUCAUGGAGCGAUUCCGAUGUUGAAUAUCGCGGCUUCUAAAGCAGGAGCUGGAGCUCAUCAAGAUUAUGAUGCGAGGAAUCAACAUGAUACGAGGACGUGGAUGAGAAACGAUAACGUCGAGCAGGACGAACAGGUUGCAUUUACUCCUGGGGAGGGCGAGCACGACAGCGGUGUGGAUCAUCACGCGACAUCUUUUAGAGCAGAGCUGACACAAGAGGUGGACGAUGCGCAGUAUGAUAUCGGUCCAUCUGAUGAGGAGAUGAAUUUCGAAGGUCAUCGAAACCAGCAUCACAACUACGUCGAUAAUAGUCGUUCUUUUGAAGACCAUGAUCUUGAUCGAGACGACGAAGAAACAGACGAGUCUGAUAUUGAUUACGAUGAAGAUGUCGCACGAUGGCGAGCAGCGCGAUACCGCAGACUUUCAGACGACACUAGCAGACUGCGCAGUGCUAGUCACUAAACGAGACAAGAGAAACAAGACUGAUCAUUGAGUAUUCGUGUGGAUGUGGGGACGAUCUUUUUUUUUCGGGAUUUUUCUAAUAAGGAGUUGGGGUAGGACACAGCGUUUCUAAAUGUGUCUUCACAUGAUGGGUGCAUCAUCCAUCAUGCAGCUUGUUUUAGUUCAAUAUGGUUCAAUCAUCAGAAAGCCUCAGGUCCUCCUGAAUGUACCAUGUCGGUCCUACUCGUUCCGCGCAUGAGCUGCAGCAGUACAGCUAAUCGCACUUUUUCAUUUUACCAAAGAGAAUCGUUUCUUAAAUUCUAAGGCCAAUGAGAUCAUUAGAAAGCCUCAGGUCCUCCUGGAUGUACUUACUAAGAUGGCCCUGUCUAAUCCCAUAGUUGUAAAGACAAAACGGCCAACGAGGAUAUUUCUAGCAGCAAUUUGUUAUGGUGAUUUGUACUGUGUUCCUCUUUCUGGCGGUAUCCGUUUCGAUGUAUCAUCUACCUCACUGGCGGUGUCUAGCGAGGAUGUCUUUCGGGCCGUCCCCUCUGGUUGGCCGACCACAGGACGCAGGCUCGAUAUGAGGCAGACUCAGCAUUUUCUAGGACGCCUUUUGUAGAUGAGUUUAGGGUUGUUUCUUGUUUAGGACACUACCAUUCGCAUGAUACAGUUAGAACACAAAGUCGCGGAAGGGCGCGCUGGUGUCGGGCAAUCGCUUCUUAAGGAGUGGCGUCAUGUUGUCAUACAAAUUGGAAAUACAAAUAGAGAGGCUCUCGACGCAUACAUGAUAGGGUGUCGCCGUCAUUGAAAAAUGCCAUUCUAAGUGUCAUGGCUAGUUGCUGUACUUUUUAGUUGUACUAAAAAGCGAAGCAAGAUCAAUGCCAAGAUGAAAAAACAUAUUCGGUGGUACUUCUGGUAAAAAACAUAAUAACGACUCGACUGACAUGUGAUCAGCGCUACUGCCACACGAGAGGAUAUCUGUACUGUCCAGAGAAGAAAAUCACUUUGUCGAAUGAGACGUAGGGGGUCGCGAAACUCAAACUACGAGAAUCUAUGAUGUUCAUGAACUAUCACUGAAGAUGACAACUACUUGCUACGAAAUUUAACUAGUAUUCUAGUGAACAAUGUUCUCCUCAAUCUUCGGAAUCAAACGCAAUUUUAUAUCAAUCAUGACUACAUCGUUACUUUUACAGGAAGCUAUGCGCUCAUCUGCCCUCCGUUUCUACGGGCCUUGCGAAACGCAACUCCUUGUUGAAGAAACAAGUUAUAUUUUUUUAUCUCAAGAACCAACAACAAGAUCAUAUUGAUUGAAUCGACCAUCUCUCUAACUUUAGACGGAAGGUUCUUGUUGUAUUCUAGUCAAACUACUGUGGACGGUGAAUCAAAUCCUAUCCUAUCCUAUUCUAGUUUUUCUACCUUGAACCAUAAUAAACAGGUAUUCGUCCAGUAGGAUUAUAGCUCCGUAACGGUAACCGCACUUUUAGAAGAGACAAGGUGGCAGAACUGAUGAUUUUCUCCACCUGGAGCUAGAAAUGUACCCAUGAUUUUUAUAAUUGUUAGAACAAAGGAGUCCCUGAGAGU